GACACAUCUGGGGCAGUUGAGAGAGAGAGAGAGAGAGACUCCCAACGGUCACAUUAUCCUCGCCGACUCCGCCGCGCGCCGCACGGGAGAGGAGGCGGACCGGGCACCGGCCGAACGGACGGACGACGCCGUCGCCGCCCUCGUCGGCGCGCGCGCGAGCGAGUCUCCGCCGCGGGCGCCUGCCGGGGGUACGGCAGCUCAGGUUGCCCCCCCGUUCGGUGCCGUGUGCCGCGCGCCGCCCCGUCGCCUGCCUGCUAGGUAGCCUUAACGCUGGGCUGCCUGCUUCCUUCUGCCGAGCUCACCCUUGGGAUUGGCAAUUUGGCAUUGGACGAUCAUGCACAUUGCAUAUGACGUCAAUCUACCAGAGUUGGAUUCUCAGUACUGGAAUGUAGCUGUGCACUUGUGCAAGUUGUUUUCAAGCUCACAAUCAUUAUUGCCUUAUCGAUCUGAUAGUCAUAGUUCACUGUUCCUGCUUUCUAAAAUUCUAACUGAGAGCUUCAUACUAGGUGGUCAAAGAAGUUAUGGCCUUAGUAUGUCUUAUUUUACCAGUCCUUUCUCAUGUACAAUACAAAUGAUUGCUUGUGUUACCUUGGCAAUCACGCCUUGCGUACACCUUGUAUGCUGUUGGAUAAGCUCACCUAGAGCAUGUUUGCAAGAUGCUGAUUAGUUAUUGUUUCCGAUUCACUUUGAUGCUUCAUAAACUUAUCUUAUCCAAUAGCAACGGGCUUAGUAAUUUAGCCUUGCUUUGUCAUUUCUAUUAAAUACAAUUUUCUAGCAUAUAAUUUCUUUUCAAGAAUAAUAGGCAUCACCACCUUACCCUUUCAUUUCUGUACCAGAUUGCUGCAAAUCACUCCAGUACGUCCAGUGAAUAAAGACACAUGCCAAUAUCAAUGGAUAAGAAACAGACCUCGUUAGGCACUCCUGUCUACAGGACAAAUCCCUUUGAUUCAGACUCUGAUUCUGAAGUACCAUCAAGACCGUCAAGAGCACAAUCUGUCCCAGUGCGACACAUAGAUCAAUCUAUGCAAGAGUUGGAGGAGUAUGCUGUACAUAAAGCAGAAGAAACCUCAAGCAAAGUAAAUGAUUGUGUCAGAGCUGCUGAAGCGAUCAGAGAAGAUGCUACAAAAACCCUGCUUACUUUGCAUCGUCAAGGUGAACAGAUCACCCGGACUCAUCGAGUAGCAGCUGAUAUUGAGCAGGACCUUAGUAUGAGUGAGAAGCUUUUGGGAAGUUUAGGUGGGCUAUUUUCCAAGACAUGGAAGCCAAAGAGAAACCAACAGAUAAAAGGACCAAUUUCACAAAAUAAUUCUUUCACAAGUUCAGCGAGCCACAUGGAACAGAGGCAGAGGUUAGGAAUUUCCUCAACACGUCAGCAAUCUCCAAAUCAAGUACAUCGUUCACCUGCAACUGCGAUCGAGAAAGUUCAGGUUGAGAUAGCAAAGCAGGAUGAUGCGCUCUCAGACUUGAGUAACAUGUUGGGGGAGCUGAAGGAUAUGGCACUGGAUAUGGGUAGUGAAAUUGAAAGGCAAAAUAAAUCACUUGAUGCUUUCGGUGAUGAUGUCGAUGAAUUGAAUUUCAGAGUCAAGGGUGCAAACCAACGGGGACGCAGGUUAUUGGGCAAAUGAUAGUGAACUAAGAGUCAGGCCCUGUAACAACGCAUUUAGCAGUUUUCCCCACCCCUGUGGAGUUGGGAGUGCAACUUGGCAGCUGUACCAUAUGGAUGUUAUUUCUGACUUCUGAGCAAAUAGUCAGAUUCCUGCGUUCUGUUGUUGUUUGAGAAACCGGCAUAUAUACCCUUGUUGUAUGAUAAGUUGGUAACUUCAAUUACUUGUAGGACAUAACCAGCAUUCCUUUUUUUUUCUUCAGAAACGUGUUGAUGUAAUAUGUACUUCUGAAUAUGCCAUAACGAGAUGAGGAGUGCAUUGAAUCAAGCAAUAGAAUUACUCAGCAAAUUGAUGCGCUGUUGUUUUUUGAGAU